CAGCCACGGUCAGACUGGAUGGGCUGUGAGCACUGCUGGAGCUGUGGAUAUCCCUGCUCAGCACAGGGAGUGGGCCUAGAGGUCCCUUCCUGAAAGGUCUCUUCCAAUUUGGACAGUUCUAUGGUAAGCCCUCUUGCUUGGGUCCCAUCAGAGCAAAUGGUGAGAGGCAGAUAACGCAUGGGAGCAGGUGGACAGACAGGUAGAUGAGUUUAGGAUGCCCAAAGCGUUUCAGAGUCCAUACUCGCACCCUUCCGCAUCAUGUGGAGGCAGCAGAUGCCUAGGCAAAUAGAGGCAAUCAGCUGCUGCAGUACCAGGGCAGCCUGGUGGUGCACUGGCAAUGGGUUGGGGCUCUACAUGAUGCAUGCUGACCCCAGAGAACCUGUCCUUGAAGCAGGCAUGCUGCUGCAAAAUGGAUCGUCACGGUUGGGUCAUGGGAUCGUGCUCAAAACCCUGAGAAGCUGCUUUCCGUAGCUCAAAACUGCCUGUGCUGGAGGGACACCACCAGUUCAUGGGGAGUUCUGCAGAGCCUGCCUGGGGAUGUGAAUACACACAGGCUUCAUGUAGCCUCUUUGCACCUGGACCAGAAAGUCAAACAUCAUCUCAGUAGAACGUGCAUAAAACCUUCCUGCCCUUCCCACCACACUGUGCUCAGCCUCAAGUCCUGUCCAGCUCAUCCACAGGAGAUACAGGAUCACUGAGGUUAGAAAAGACUUUCAAGAUGGUCCAGUCCAACCAUUAAUCUGCGUGUUGGCUCUGCCUAGGAUGGAGAUAGCUUUCCCCACAGCUGCCCAUAUAGUCUUGUGCUGUUGUACUUGAAGCUAGAACAGCAUUCAGAUAGGGCAACAGAGGGGGAGUAUUGCAAUCUGCAUAGGCAGAGCUGCUCUCCUUGCCUGGGCUCUGCUUUAUCCUGAAGCUGAGGUCUAGAUUAAAUUGAAUGAAUGAGUUUUUUCUUUCUCUAUCAGCAAUAAGGAGUCGGAACAGACUGUAUCAAAUGAGUGUGCCUUCAUUGGAACUGGGGAGUAUUGUCCAUUUUUCACACCAUCCCCUCAGAGUUCAAAUCUGCCUUCCCAAAUGUUGGCACGUAUCCCCUAGGAAUACACAAGCUGCUGAAUAAGCACAUGUUCCAUCAUGGGUCUGCCCCCUCAGGACAGGAAUAAAGGGAAUCUGCCCAUGUCAGACCCUCAGUGAGGGCUCUGCCUUCAGCUUGGCACAGCUGUGACCCUAUUUUAGCUGUGACACUCCAUUUUAGGAACCACCUUUCCUUCCAACUCUUGUAGGGUGGCUCCAGCAGACGCAGCAGCCACUUUCUAUGUGGCAAAGAAGGAAAAAAAAUCCAAACAGGCUUGAGAGAUGCUAACGAAGAAAGCCUUGAAAGCACAAGGAGAAAGAACUGGCUGGAAAAUGCAAUAUGUCAGCUGUGACAGUUCCUAUCUGCUAGAACAAGGAAGUAAAGUGAAAAUGUUUUGUCUGUUAUCAGAAGCUUUGAGUUGUGAGGGGAAGUGGGACCUUGCAAGCCAGUGCAGAGUCUGCUCAGGCUUGGCUCUUUGUGCUAUCUCACCCUGGGACUGUUCGUCAGCUCCCAUCUCUGCUUUCACUUCCUCUUGGUUUUUAACAUCAUACGGUGUCCCCAGCUUGCUGAGGGCCUCCUGGUGUGUAUCUGCUCAGAGCAGUCCUCUGCCUCUCACAGCAGAUGCUACAAAAGAAAAAUAAAGCAUUUCCCACGCUCAUGCAAAAUACUCAUUAACAUUUACUUACUUUCUGGUCGUCUCUAUGCACUUGGGUGUAUAAAUGAGCUUAGGAGUCCAGCCCCAGUCCUGCAAAUAUGCAGUGUUGGCUGGACACGAGUACAGAGCCUGCUUCAUCAGCAGCAGAUUCAGUCUAAGCACAGUCGUGUGUGAUGAGUUCUUUUUUCUUCCUUUUUUUUUUUUAAAUGUACUGUAAAUGCCAGCAGGGAAGAGAAGCUUCUUGGGUGGAAUGGAAACAGGUGAUUAGGGGUGAAGUCGGCAAUGUGAGGUUAUCUAGCCCAGCUCCUCUCAUUUCACUGUCAUCUCCUGUCCUGCUGCCUCUUCCAUAGGGGGGAAUGAGGGCUGUGGAAUUCCCUCCCCUCUGCCCAACUGAUUGCUGCAGCCCUGGGCAUGCACCCCAUCUGCAAAUUAUGUGGCAGGAAAGCCAGCCUUAUUUGUAGCCUUCAGGAUUUGGUUGCAAAUCCACUUAAAGAAAAGCAAGUUACCCUUAGAUGAAUCGUUAUGUCCUUGUUUUGUCCCUGAGUGGUUUGUUCUGGCUGAAAGGGUGAAAAACCCCCUCCACAGGUGCUUGAGAAUCAUGUGAGUUGGAAGGGGCAUUUAAAGGCCAUAUGGUCCCACUCCCUGCAAUGAACAGGGACGCCUACAGCUCCAUCGGGUGCUCAGAGCCCUGUCCAGCCUGACCUUGGGUGCCUGCGGGGAUGGGGCACCCAGCACUGUGUUCCAGUGCUUCACUACUUUUAUUGUAAAAAAAACCUCCUUAAAUGCAGUCUAAAUCUCUCCUGAGAUUUCCUCUGUAAAAUCUCCCCUAACUGCUUCUUGCCCCCCUUUAUUGGCAGCUAGCCCUAAACAUGCCCCAUGAGACUGCCAAGGAGGUGGGGACUAAGUGCAGGAUGUCAUGUUUCUGUUUCUAUCUAAUCUAGGCCGAACCACAGAGACAUCCUCCUGUGUGCUGAAUUCAGGUCUGCCUAGUCCAGAAAAGCCCUUUGCUUUGCCUCUCCAGGCAGGGCCUGCAUCUUGAUAUCACCACAGAAUCGUGACGUUUGGAAAAGCGAUCUGCGAUCCCCGAGUCCAACUGCAGCCCACCCCACCACGCUCACAGGCCGUGUUCCUCACAUCUCCACGGUUCCUGAACACCCCCAGGGACGGUGACCCCCCCACCUCCCCGGGCAGCCCGUUCCUGUGCAUCCCCCUUCUUUCUGCGGAUAAAUUCUCCCUGGGCACGAGGACGACGUCCCCCCAUGAUGACGGCCAUCCUGGAGCGCCUCAGCACGCUGUCCCUCAGCGGGCCGCAGCUCAGCCGCCUUCCCCGCCUGCUGGAGGAUGGCUUCCCCAAGAUGCCGUGCACCGUCCCACAGGGAGAGGUGCCACAGCUCUUCCGUGAGCCGUACAUCCACGCCGGGUACCGUCCCACUGGGCAGGACUGGAGGUAUUACUUCCUCAGCCUCUUCCAGAAGCACAACGAGGUGGUCAACGUCUGGACUCAUCUCCUGGCGGCGCUGGCCGUGCUGCUGAGGUUCAAAGCAUUUGUGGAAGGCGAGCAGCUACCCCUGGAUGCUUGGUCUCUGCCUCUGCUCAUCUUUGUCCUCUCCUCUGUCACCUACCUGACCUGCAGCCUCCUGGCCCACCUGCUGCAGUCCAAGUCAGAGCUGUACCACUACACUUUCUACUUCGUGGACUACGUCGGGGUCAGCACCUACCAGUACGGUAGUGCCCUGGCCCACUUCUACUACAGCUCCGACCAGGCGUGGUAUGACAAAUUCUGGCUUUUCUUCCUCCCGGCAGCUGCUUUCUGUGGCUGGCUGUCGUGUGCUGGAUGCUGCUACGCCAAAUACCGGUACCGACGGCCUUACCCCAUCAUGAGGAAAAUGUGCCAGGUGAUCCCAGCCGGGCUGGCCUUCAUCUUGGAUAUCAGUCCUGUCGCUCACCGGGUGGUCGUGUGUCACCUGGGGGGCUGUCAGGAAGAUGCUGCUUGGUACCACACGUACCAGAUACUGUUUUUCCUUAUCAGUGCUUAUUUCUUCUCCUGCCCGGUUCCUGAGAAGUACUUCCCUGGCUCCUGUGAUAUCGUUGGCCAUGCCCACCAGAUCUUCCACGCCUUCCUGGCUAUCUGCACCCUAUCGCAGCUGGAGGCCAUUUGUUUGGAUUACAAGAACAGGCAGGAGAUCUUCCUCAAAAGACACGGGCCUUUUUCCAUCUAUCUCUCCUGCGUCUCUUUUUUCGGCUUGGUGGCCUGCAGUGCCAUCACAGCUUACAUCCUGCGAUGCAGGAUCAAGGCCAUCCUAGCUAAAAAGGACUCCUGAGAAUCGUGAAGGUGAUGGGCCACCACCCAAAAAGGAAAAAAAUAAUAAGGGGCAUAGCAUCUUAGAGGCAUAACUGGCUUAUUUGCCUAACACACUGUGACUAACCUGGACCUUGGACUGGGGUGGAGGGCUGGACGCUUCAUGCUGGGUGCAUUUUCACAGCAGGAGCUGCCUUCUGCCAUGCAGGGGGACAUGGGGUGUUUUAAGCCACAAAAGUCACUUAACCAAGGUACUGGAAUAGGCAUAGGUUCUUUGUUCUCUCUAGUGAACCUGUGGGAGAUACCUCACCGAACGUGAAGGAUGGUAGCCAGAGGGCUGUGCAACUGCAGAAGGGUUUUCUAGGGCACACAGCACAGGGAAAACCCACCAUGAGGCCUCCGAGUGGACAUGUUGACAUCUUUGGGUUUUGCCAUUUCUGAGUGGACAUGAGAGACUUGCUAACAUCAAAAGCAGUUGUAAGAUUUCAUUUCUAGGGUUCAUUCGCAAGGGCGUGUGUAACAGUGGCUGGACUAAUCCUUUCCCAGCUCCAGCUCAGCUACAUCAGAUUUUAUCUAUGACCCCUUGAAGUAUCUCAGCAGCAGGUUGCUGAGGUGACAUCAGCAAAGCAUGCUUGCAGACCAAGACUUGACCUAGAGUCCUCUCAAAUCAACUGGAACUGAACCUGGCCCCCACGUCUGCCAGGUGCUGCUGUGGCCCAGCACCCCCUGGUUGGGGAUGUUGGGUCAUCUGUAUCUUUUCUUUCUGCACAGUUGCACCAUCUGUGGUGAAACUGCUUAGCAAAGCCCAAGCAGGCUGUCCCAGCUCUUCAGAGGCUCCUGCCUUCCAUUUUAAGUGCUUACUUGCCCUUGAGGACUUGGCCCUGGAACGGGUUGGAGCUGAUUUUCUUAGCUUUUCUCUGUAGCAGUAGUAGAGGUUGAGCUCCCCUGCGACCAGCGAUCAGCAUUCAAGAUGCUGGCAGUGGGAGGGGAACUGUAUUUGUAGAGAGAAGUGCCUCUUUUUCUGCCUGCGUGACAUGUUCAUACAUUCCUGCAAAGCCUGAUCCUGUAUCAUCUGCCAUGGGAGUCUGACUGGCCUCCAAUUCUGACCAUGCAGCACAGAACUUACUUGGGUGUGAUCUGUCUGGUAUGGGAAAGCCGCUGGGCUCUGGGCCUCCUAGGAAUGGUCAUGGCCAAAAGAGGAUGAAAGUGAAGUGGAUGUGGAGUCUUUAUUCCCUUUUUAACGGUCCUUUUCAGGAUGCCAAGCAAUCCUUGGUGGACCUUGUGGGAAAGAUGGCCGUGAAUCUGCAAGGUUGCUCUUCUCUGACUUAUGGGGCUUUGAAUCAGGCAUGUUUUUAUCGGCAUUAGAUGAAGGUAGAAUGGCAAAAGGAAGGAGCAGGUUGACAGAAUUAAGGUGUUUUGUAACCUUGGAAAGGGUUUGUCCUUGGAACUUGGAGGUUCUUGUGUGGAGCAGCAAAUAUAGUGGUCAGGAACACUGGUGUCUGUGAGUCACUGCUGUCUAGAGAGCAGGAAGGGUUGUUUUAUGGUGUCCUCAGCUAAAUGAAUCUCUUCUGUAAUUGCUGGAGGGAUAUUUGAGGUAUGGAGCCAUACUGUGGCACUGAAGUUAGCAGCACUUACAGGACUGGAUGCUCUGAGCCCAUACAGAUAGAUUCCAGACUACAUACCUUCUGGUCAACGUACUUCUCGCUUUUUACAGUUAACUCUGAGUCCUUCCAGCUGUAUUCUUACAGAAGAGCUGAAUACUCAAAUGUCAUGACAUCUAUAGCACGAUAUAUAAAUCUUCACUGAAAGCAAGAAAGAUGUGGGAUCAAUUCCAGCCACAGUUCUGAAUCCAAGGACAGGCAAAUGAAUGGUGGUUGCUGGUGUCGAGCAGGAAGACUUUAGGGUUGGGGAGAUGAUUUGUCAAGGCAAGCACUGAUUUCUGCACUUGAUCUGGUUUUUAAUUAUUGAGAUAUGUUUGGGCAUGUGCAUGCAUGCCUGAUUUAAUACCCAGAAAGGUUUUGCCUUCGGCUUUUUUAUCUACAGAGCGUCCUAGCUGGGUCAAGAUUAGCUUGAAGGAAGUAAUGCCGUGCUGCUGGAGGAGCAUGGGGGCCAGACAACAACAUCUCUGAAAACUCACCUAUCAGUAGGUACCUGGCUGCAACAAAAAGAAAGGUUUUGUGCACAAACCUGAAACUCUGGCCUAAUUGAUAAAUUGAAGGAUGAAGAGAGCAAUUUUUGAUCACAAGAGAAGAAAUCACAGGAGAAAUUUGGAGAAGUCAUCUAGUCCAUCCUUUCCCCUCACUGUGGGCUUCCUGUUCACAUCUAGCCCAGCUUAGGAGCACUCAGAAAUUGGUAAUGACUUCAUUUCCUACGCUGCUUAUUGACUUACCCCUCCUCACACUGCACCUUCUGCACAGAGGUUUAUCUGACUAUGGAGCAAGAAAAUGGCUGGGAGAUGGACCAGCAGAAAAGCAACCCUACUGAAAAAAUGUCAGUGAUUUUCUCCUGGUUUUAACAUCCAGCCAGCUUACUUGGGCAGCAGGGCUGCCUGCACACGUGGGUCUCCUCUCAGUUUGGGAGAAGACUUCCAGUAGGAGCAGGUAGGCUGCUUCUCACAGCCAAAUUUGCUUUGCCUUUGUGGCAGAUAAUGGAGAAUAAGCCAGUUACAGGCCGGUCCACGGUUUUGUUCUGAACUAAAACGGAGGGAGUGGGCAUUGCUGCUAACAGCAGACUGUGCUGUUAUCACUUAGUAAUACUGGUAUCAAAAGACAGGGGUCACCCGGGCGUUUGCUUCUCUAAGGCUGUUAAAAUAUGUGAUGUCCAGCCCCUGGCUAAAGAAGGAUGAUUGUAGUAAUGCUGUCCAGUUCACAGCAGGGUAGGAGGAGGUCCUUCAUUAAUUUCCCGAGGUAUUUCUGGUCAAAUGUCAUCUCCGUGCUACAGCAGAAGUGGAACUUCUCCUUCUGAAUCAACUGUGGUGUGACAGUAGUGGUGUUUCUGCAUAUCCCCAUGGUACCCCUCAAGUGAAGCCACUCACGUGCCCGCGUGGCCCUGCACUCAGACCUGGAGCUGACUUCCUCAUUACUAUGAUGGGUCAAUUUUGCAGGCAACUGCCACCCAAAUUGCUGCUGCUGUGAGGGUGCACCCCUGGUGUCCAAAGGGACUUGUCUACACUGGAGCUUCCCCUGUCUCUGUCUCCAUCCUCCUCGUCUGCCUCCAACAAAGAGGUUUGUUCCUUCACCCCAGGACUUGUGCCUUACGCACCCGGCUGCCUACCUGAGCAAACUCAACAUGCUGAGCACUCUGUUCCACCUCAGGAAAAGGACCUGGGAAGUGGCUGCCAGUGCCCUCCUGAGAACUGUGCUGUUGAUCUAGAGGAGACCAGAGCUGCUGAGACAGUAAAAGCGCAGCUGUGCUAAACUGAGAGCCUGCCAGGGUCUUCACCUUUGGGCUCGCUGCUUGGAGCACGGCUUCGUCCAUCCUGGUGCUCCUUUGAGGAGGCACGGCUGGGCUGGGUGUCCUGGUGGCAGGGAGUUAAGCACUUUUUGGAUCCUGAAGGCCCUCACCCUCAAGAAUCUCUGGCCCUACGAUGGUACUGUAGCAGAUCUCACAAGUUGGAUCUGCACAGGUCAGCUGAGCAGUCAUCCCAAUGUGCCUUAUGCUGUUACCUGCAGGGAUUUAUACCGAAGGAACCAGGGGCAGCCUCUUUGUUAUCUGCUGGUCUGUGGUGGAGCAGAAGGGGGAGGAUGGAGAGAGGUACCUUAAACUCGCCUUAAACUUGGAUUUUUUGCCUGGUGAUUUGUGUAGCAGGGCAAGGACGGGUUCCUCAUGUGCCUUGCAAUUUACAUUUUUUACUGACAAGAUUAUUUUUAAGCACUGUUUGUUACUAAACAGAAGGACAAAAAGAGUUUGUAUUUUUUUUUUCCCCCCUGGGAAAUAGAGAAGGGUAUGGGGGUUAGAUAUUAACCAUCCCCUUCCCACCUUCCAUCUGCUGACUUUGUAUUGUUGAAAACAUUGGUAAUGUUUUAAGCUUUGUACUGUACUGAUCAUUAUUUAAAAACCUCCAGUGAAAAACAAAACAAAACUGUGAAAGUAAAA